AUGGCUAAGGAGUGGACACUUCUGGUGCUCUGUGGCAUUCUAGGGUCGGGAUUGAGCGCGAAGCCAUCGUGGUUCAAGAACAUCUCAGCCGAUCUUUUUAAAUCGCCUGGAGAUAUUCUGGUAGGAGGACUUUUCCCCAUUAAUGAACUGACCAGUGAUCUGGGCAAACGGGUGAAGCCAGACGAUCUUGAGUGCAACAGAAUUAGCACAUAUGGUUUGUCCCUCGCAUUGGCGAUGAAGUUCUCUAUGGACGAGAUCAACUCGAAAGAGAAUCUCCUCCCUGGAAUCACGCUGGGAUUUGAGAGUUACGACACCUGCAUGCAACCAGCCGUUGUAAUGAGGCCCGUCCUCCAGCUUCUCACAAAGGAAUCGACAGAAGAACUGGAUGUCACCUGUAACUACACCGACUACAAGCCUCGUGUUAUAGCUAUCAUAGGACCAAGCAACUCUGAGUUGGUCCCAGUUAUUGGCAAGCUGAUUGGGUUUUUCUUGAUGCCACUGGUUAGCUAUGGUGCCACCAGCGACAUGUUCAGUGACAAAGAGACCUUCCCGUCCUUCAUGCGCACAGUCCCUAGUGAUCGCUGGCAGGUAGUGGCCAUAGUGCAGCUUCUGAAACAGUUUGGCUGGAACUGGGUGUCAGUAGUAGGUAGUGAAGAUGAAUACGGACAGAAGGGUCAGCAGCAGUUCUCCAGUAUGGCCAAUGAGGAGUCCAUCUGUGUGGCAUAUCAGGGUUUGAUUCCUGUAUACAGUGAUCCUGUGCAAGCGGUGAACGAGAUUCUCAAUCGCAUUGUGGACGCCAAAGUGGGAGUGGUGGUGGUCUUCUCUCUCUCCAAGCCGGCCAGAAACUUCUUCAUAGAGGUGAAAAAUUUUUAUCCAUUCAACCACAAUAAUCUGAGUGAGAUUAACAAAAAGGAUAUAGACAAAAACUAUGACCAAUGA